UUGGGAGUCCAGGGACCUGACUGGAACCCCGGAUGGAUCCCCCUUUUGCCCUUCGUGAGGCUAUCAUUCAUUGUUUUCCACAAUCCACUUCUUCACCCUCACCCCCUCACUCGUUCAAUCUCUCUUUCGGCUUUCUUCCCUUUCCUAACAGAGAGAGGAAGAGGGAACAGAGAUCAAUCCAAGUGCAAACCUUCCCACCGUCCGAUGUUCCUGCGGCUCGACUUUCGAGUCUAAUCCUAUCCCGACUCUCCUCCAACGAAAUCGCCAAGCCACCGAGCACACGAGCCUCUGGGCGUUUCGACCCUGCAACGUAUCAGGGACUAGCAGACGGCUACACUGCGUCUCGCACCUGACUUGUGCUCCCUUGCACCCCCCCCCCCCCCCCCUCUUCUCUCCCUCAUAAAUAGCAUAUCCCACCGGUACUCUCGGUGGUCAACACCGUCAGCGUGUCUUCCGCCGUUCAGCAUCGCGCCGACCCGAGCUCCGCUUCGGAGCACUUCGGCAAGAUUCACUCUCACGGGUCGCGCGCCUCCCUACUUGGAGGGGCCUUGUUUGACCCUUCGUUUCGCCCAACACCCGGGUUUCGUGGUCGCGAAGGAUACGUCAAUGUGACACCCAAACAGAAGACGCGGAUCAUGUAUAUCCCCAACACUCAGUGGACGUGGUCCUUUGCCAUCGUUACCCUGGUCCAAACUCUGGUGACGCUUUCCCUUGAAUGUUACAUUUUCGCCAACUUCCAGAUCCAAGAGAAACCCAACACGAGUCCGUCGUCAAAAACCAUCCCCACCUUCCUCGCUCUCUACAGCUUCGGUUUUAUCUACGAGUUGGUCCUGGUUUAUGACGCACUGCGCAUGAAAAACACCAUUCAAGUGAUCGGUCUGUGUGCGUGCAAUUUCGGUCUUCUAAUCUACGGCGCCGUUCAAGUGCGACAGAUUCAGAAUGCCGUUUCCGUCCUGUCCGACAUGGACAAAAUUAGUCCCGUGGUCUGGGCCGAGUCCCAGCCAUUUUUGAUCAUCAUUCCGUGUAUCGUUGCGCUUGGAUCGGUCUUGAUGACCUUCGUUGCAUUGAAACUGUACGAUGAGUUCGCAUGGACCAUCUACAAGCAUAUUAGUGCGGAUCUGCGCAUGAAGCGUCGCUACCUCACCUACCAGAUCUACAUCGCUCUGCUGAAGUUUGAUUUCUUCUUUUUCCUCGGCUUUACCGUGCAAUUUUUGGUCGUGGUGUCCUCCUCCAAGCAUGACGCCGAGUUUUACCUGACCAUCAUUGCGGUUCCCGUGACUGUCGUUAUUCUGCUCUGUGGUGCCUUCUUCGUCCGGCGCGAGUUUACUGCUGGCAUGAUCACCAUUAUCUUGCUCUUAUUCGCGGCCCUGGGGUAUUUCUGCUUCAAACUCUUCCGCAUGUACGCUACGGCGACAUUCCCCCAAUACCUGCCUGCGCGUCCCUCGAUGACAUUCUUUGCCAUCAUUACCCUGAUUUUGAUUGUCAUCACGAUUAUCAUCUCUUGCAUCUGCGUGCACAAUUUCAACCGCGGCCUGAAGCCGCAUAUCAACAAGAAGAAGACCCGACCCGAGGAGAAAACUACCGAGCUCGCCGAGAACGUCAACGGCCAGGUUCCUUCGCGAAUGAUGAUUGACUAAGUCAGUCUCUUCGUCAAGAGCCGCUGGUCCUAUGUAAUAUACAUAAGAGUGUGAGCUUAAAUCACUUGUUGGCCGGCGUUGGAUCUCGGAGAUUUCAAGAAUCUCACAAUGUUCAAUAUAUCAUGGAAAUCGAGCCUGCAAACACUUCAAACGAG